GGCGGGUGCAAUAAGGGCAGUUUUGUUGUUGUAAGGGCAUUUCAGCUACUUGCUCACCUUUCGUUCUGACUACUGGUUUUCAGGUUAAAUUCAGACAUGGACAUUGAGUACUUGCCAUCAUUUGAGAUGGCCUGGGGUACCUUGGGUACUAUAAGGCCCUUCCUUAACUUCCAUGCUAAGAGAGAUGCUCUGAACAUUCAGGCUGCCCUGGAACAGAAAGAUGUACUUACUCUGAUAAAUAUCCUGACCAACCGCAGUAAUGCUCAAAGACAAAUCAUCGCUCAGACCUUCAAAACCAUCACAGAGAAGGAGCUGUCCUCUGGGCUGAAGAAGGCCCUGUCUGGGGAGUUGGAGAAUUUGCUGUUGGCCUUGCUGAUGACCCCACUGCAGUUUGAGGCCUAUCGUCUGAGACAAUCCAUGGAGGGCAUUGGUACAGAUGAGGAGGGUUUGCUAGAGAUUCUGUGCACCAGGUCACCCAAGGUGCUUGCCAACAUCACCGCUACCUACAAGGAGCAGUAUAAUAAGGAUCUAGAGACGGACCUGAAGGGUGAGACCAGUGGGGACUUUGCCAAACUCGUCCUGGCCUUACUCAAGAAGAAAAAGGUAGUAGGACUGGUGCAAAGAGACACAGAGGCUCUCUCUGAAGCUAUCAAUCAGGCGAAGGCAGAUCCUGGACCAUGGAUCACCAUUCUGACUACCAGAGACUCUGAACAUCUUAACAAAGUGUUCGUCAAUUUGGAGAGUGAGAAGCAAGAGACAGUGGAUGAAGCAAUAGAGAAAGCAUUCAGUGGAGAUGUGAGACUUGGGCUGAAAACAUUGGGUAAAACACUGGAAUUGCGUUGCGUACAGAGUCCAAACCUCUACCUGGCUCAGAGGCUGGAGACCAUGAAGGCAGCCAUAGUCCAGGGGGUGAUGGUGUCCCACAGUGAGAAGGAUCUGCUAUGUGUGAGAGUGGCUUAUCUCAGACAGACAGGCACCUCACUCUAUACAGCCCUACAGAAACAAUUCAAAGGAGAUCACCUACAAGCACUGCUGGCAAUCUGUCGAUCUGAAGACUAAAGGAAUGAGUUUUGUGUACAAUUUCACAUUAGCUCAGCCUAUACAUUACUAUUCACAUUUGAGUAUUUACAGUAUACAUAUGUAGGAUCUUAAUUUGAGCCAGUUUGCUACAGCAAGAAAAUAAUCCUGCAACAACUGGAUAUGUGAAUUGUUAUGUGGAUUAUAAUUAAUACCAAAUAUUGUAGCGGUUGAUACAUUUUCGUAAGGAAAAAUCAAGUCUGAAAUCAAGUGAAAAUUACAAACUUCAGAAGUCUUUUUAAACCGCAAAUACACUACAAGUUUUACAUUCCCUGCAUUGCAGGAAAGUUCUCCUUCAACACGGUGAUCAAAUUAAGAUCCUACAUCUGUAUUGCUCUAUGUCUCAUUCCUACACGGUAAUACAAGAAAAUAAAACGUUGUCCUAUUGCUAAUGCUCAUAAUGCCUAAUAUGACAGUAAAGUCACACCUUCUACUCAUUUUUUCUAUGAUUCCUUGAAGUGUACUUUAAUCUGAAGUGUACAUCCAUACUUUUCUGAAAAUAAAAAUUGGAUUACAAUCAA